AUGGCAGCGAAUCCGCGCCGGUUCGUGCAGAUGCUCUGGCUGGCAGCUGGCCUCCUCUUCACGAUCGCCUUUCUGCACACCUCUCCUGCUGGCGGCCAUGCCAAGGCCUGGGUGAGCGACAAAGUCGGCCAGUAUGCCUCUGUCGACAGCAGCCGUCUGUCGAUGAAGGAUCACAUGGCUCGCGCCGAGGCGAGCUGGGCCAAGACGGUCAAGCAGCGCCACGACAUGAUCGUUGCCGACUAUGGCGACGUCUCCAAGAUGCCUCUCUUCCCUUCGACCGACUCGGCGUCCUAUCACGUGCAUCCUUACACCAUCUGGGACUUUACGCCGGCAUCGUACGGCUGCCCCCACGAGAUCGAGCGUGUCGGCCGCAUGGGCGAUGGCGGCAAGUGGGUGUGCGGCAUGUCAAGAUAUGUUGACUUCCCGGCCGACAGGCAGUGUAUCAUUUACUCCUUUGGUGUUCGGGACGAGUCAAGCUUUGAGAACGAAAUGUUGAGCCGAACAAACUGCACCGUUUGGGCAUACGACUUCUCGGUUGUCGACUUUGGCGAGCAGCUUGAGACCUGGAACCGCGAUCGCGCCCACUUCCUUCAAGCUGGCAUUGCGGGCAAGACAGACAAGACGAAGAGCCCGCCGUUCUACAGCAUUGCGGAGCUUAUGAAGAUGAACAAUCACGAGUACAUUGAUAUCCUGAAGAUGGACAUUGAAUUCGCCGAGUUUGAGGCCAUGGACGGCCUCAACGACGACUUUCCCCUGGCCCAGGGACUCGAGCUGCCCAUCGGCCAGCUGAUGGUCGAGAUUCACUUCUUCAAUGGCUUCACCUCGAAGAACUACCUGGACUGGUGGGAACGUCUCGAAGCCCGCGGUUUGCGCCCGACCUGGACCGAGCCGAACCUGCUCGCCGUCACGUUGAAUCUCGCUGGUGGCAAGGACCCCAUCCUGGCCGAAUACACGCUAAUCAACGCUCACGACAAGCGAAACAUCAUUUUUGGCAACGUGGACUGA